CAGUAGGAGAGCGGUGAGACAGGCGGAAACAGGUGGAUUUACAAGGGGUUCUCUUUACAUUUGCACUUCUGAGUGUAGCUGCUGAGUUUUGGAUGUACUGCAGGUGACUGAGCAGUGUGGCAGGGAGACCAGAAAAGAGAGAAUUGCAGUAGUCAAGACGAGAAAAAAUAAAUGCAUUGACCAACAUUUUGGCAUCAGUUUCCAAGAGGAGAGGGCGGAGACGUGCAAUAUUCCGGAGAAGGUGGACAUGGAGGAAAUGACGAUAUGGGAGCAGCACACGGUGACGCUAAACAAAGAUCCCAAGUUUGGAUUUGGUUUUGCCAUCUCGGGCGGGAGAGACAAGCCAAACCCAGCCAGUGGGGACACGGCUGUGAUCGUCUCUGAUGUGGUGUCUGGCGGCCCAGCUAUGGGCAGACUCCACACACGGGAUCAGAUAGUCAUGGUGAAUGGGGUGUCAAUGGAGAACACCACUUCACACUACACCAUUCAGCACCUCAAGAGCUGUGGCAAAACGGCCAACAUUACAGUGAAGAGGCCUCGCACAAUACAGGUCCCGGUCAGUGGCAGGCCCACACGAGCUUCAUCACAUUCAAACCUGCUGGACAAUGACCGAUAUGAGCGGAGACCUCGGCGUGGGUCGGACUCGGAGUAUGGGCGGCGUCCUCGGAGUAUCACACCUGAACGCAAUGGCCACGACCUGGCACUUAUGUCAGGUUUCAAGAGGCUACCCAAUCAGGACACUUCAGAUAAACCUGUCAGAGCCACGCUAGUGAAGCUGAAACCUACAGACGAGUAUGGGAUGAAGUUAGGGAGUCAGAUUUUCAUCAAGCACAUGACUCCCACUGGUCUGGCUGCUAAAGAAGGCACACUGCAGGAGGGAGAUCUCGUUCUCAAGAUUAACGGAAUGACGACAGAGAACCUCUCCCUGCUGGAAACCAAGCACUUGGUGGAGAAAUCGAGAGGUAAACUCAGCAUGGUGGUCCUGAGGGACAGCAGAAAGUUCCUGGUCAGUAUCCCUGAGGUGCAGGACAGCCCUCCAAACAGUGCUGAGGAGAGGGGUGGCGGCGGCAGCAGCUCAGAGCUGGAGGACAUUUCUGAUCUGGAUAUGGACGUCCCCAUUCGGAAUCGAUCAUCUCGUGCGCCGACCCGAGAGCGUCGCACACGCAGAACCCGAGGUGAGGCUCCUCCUUCCUCAAAAGCUCGUGAUUCACCCCAUCUGCGCUCCAACAGGUCACAGCCAAGUUCCUAUGCAAUGCCUCGACGCAGAGUCUCGUCAGAGUCAGAAUCAGACCACAGCAGAUCCCCUCCUCCGGCUAAACACGACAGCCUUGACAGUCGAGACCGGUACAGAGUGCUCUCAGGGGUAUCAGCACUGCCAAAUCCUCGAGCUUCUCCUGUCCCUUAUAACUGGAAUGCUCCUCGCAGCUCCUACUCAUUGCCACGGCCACGCAAAGUGGUUUCCGAGUCUGAUUCAGACCGCAGUGCCUCUCCACCCCCAAGACGGGAGAGUCCCAGGACUGAUGGUCACUCCAGAUACAAGGUGCUCCCUGACCUUUCUCCGUCCGGCCUGAAGCCAUCGUCCCGCAGCCGUUCCCUGGACCUCCUCAGUCACGGUUCCGGUUCUUCCCCUUACAGACCUCGACCACGAGAUGAGUCCGAGUCCGAGUCAGAUGAAAGUUCAGGAGCAGCACUCAGACCAGGAACACUGUCCAGCCAGGACUCGUACAACAGAUACAGGGCCACGCCUGAGAUAGCACUAUCCCCCAUGGUUGCGGCCCCAAAAUGGUCAAAACCCUCAACACCCAUCAAGAGAGGUCCGUCAGAUUCUGACUCUGAUGCAAGUUACCCAGUGGUUCCCAGUCCACACGCCACACGUACACACGACGUUGCUGCUCAAACUCGAGUGCCAUCAGUUAAAAGUAGACCAGAGAUUCAUUACAGAGCCUCCUCACCUCCCAGACCUCCAUCUGACCUCCCUCCGUCUGAGAGAGCACCUUCUCCACUCAGGAGAUCAGGCAGCACUGAUAACGACAGCAAUCAUAGCUUGCCAGAGGCAAACUCCACUCUCCGAUCUGAUUUCUCAAGAUCCAAGCACACCAGGCUGAACGCCAGGUCUGUAGAAGAGCCUCUUUACUCCCUCCCACCUGAUGCAGGUCCUACACCUAACCUGGGCUACAGCUCAGACCAGAACAUGGUAGGGUUUGUUAAGGAGAGCAGUGUGGGUAUCCGGCUUGUAGGGGGCAACGACAUAGGCAUCUUUGUCGGAGGCAUCCAACCUAACAGCCCUGCUCGCAGAGAGGGCAUGAGAGAGGGGGAUCAGAUACUGCAGGUCAAUGGGGUUGACUUCAAUCGUUUCACUAGAGAAGAGGCUGCCAUGUUCCUUAUGGACAUUCGUUCUGGAGAACGCAUCGACAUGAUCACUCAGAAUAAAAUGGACAUUUAUAAGAAGAUCCUGAAGUCCAGCCUGGGCGAUUCCUUCUACAUCCGCACUCACUUUGACCAUGAACCGGAGGAUAGACUUGGCCUGAGUUUCACCCGGGGGGAGGUUUUCCGUGUAAUAGAUACAAUGUACCGUGGGAAACUGGGAACUUGGAUGGCUGUUCGAAUGGGAACCAAUCUAUAUGAGCUGGACAAGGGCACUAUACCCAGCCACAGCAGAGCUGAAACUCUAGCCAUUGCUGAGCAGACUCAGAGAAUCCAGAUGGCAGAACGCCAGGCCUCAGCUCCCAGGGCAGAGUUUUGGAAGCUGCGAGGUCUCCGGGGAGCCAAGAAGCCUGUCCGAAGAACACGAGAUGACCUCCUUCAACUGACCAUCCAGGGCAAGUUUCCAGCAUAUGAGAAAGUUGUGCUGAAGGAAGCCAACUUUAAACGGCCAAUUGUCAUCAUGGGCCCCCUGAAUGACAUUGCAAAUGAGAAACUGGCUCGAGAAAUGCCUGAUGAAUUUGAGGUGGCAGAAAUGGUGUCCAGGGGUGGUGGAGAUAGACCGUCUGUCAUUAAGUUGGACGCAGUAAAAAGAAUAGCAGAGCAGGAAAGGCACCCUCUCCUGGACAUCACACCCACUGCAGUGGAGAGACUCAGUUACAUCCAGUAUCAUCCUAUAGUGCUGUUCCUGGAGCCACACAGCCGCAAAGAUGUGAAAGUUAUGAGACAGAGAUAUGACCCCAAUUCGAAGAAAAGCUCACGCAAACUGUACAGUCAUGCCUUAAAGCUGAAGAAACAAUACAGCCACCUUUUUGCUGCACACAUCGAUCUGCAGCCCACUUCAAAUGUGUGGUACGAAAUUCUUAAAGAGAAGAUUCGGCAACAACAGUCAAAGCCUGUCUGGGUCUCAGAAGUGAUGUUGGAAGAAGGUGCCAAUGAGGAACUGGACGUGCUCAACCACAAUGAUGCUUCCGACUACCUCAGUGGUGCCAGCGACUACGAGGACACAGACGGUGAGCCCUACACUGAUGGCGAGGCUUACACAGACAAUGAGGACCUGGAGGAGUUGCUUCCCAUCCAUCCAGACAUGAAGUGGCGCCGCAGCUCAGCGUUGGCCCGCUCCUCAGAACCAGCUGCACGGCAGACACCCAGCCCUGAGCCUGUGCCAUUCUCUGAAGAGGAGGAGGCUGAGCCUGAGUACACACUACCCUCUCAAGGGGAGCCUCCAAUCCGCUAUAGCCCUGAGCCCCAACCUUCACAGCCAGAAAAUGCAGCAUUAUCAGGCGCACACAGUUUCACAGACUCAGACUUCAGCACCGAGCCUGAUCCACCUGCCACACCCACCUCAGAAGGACCUCCAGAAUUUAGGGCUCCAGAUCCCAUGGAGCGCCCUCAUGAAAGCCCACCACCUGUCGCACUGUCUGACACAGAGCAGAAACUACAACAGAGACAGAUGGCAGCUGCACCAAAGACCCCUUUGGUUGUGUUGGCACAUCAUGAAGCAAUGUUGAUGCGAAGGACCAAGAUCAGAGGCAGUGACAGUUCAGAGGACAGUGAUGACUAUAAUAAUAAUGACGAAGAAGAAAGUGAUGACAUGGAAUGGGGCCCUGCCACAGAGCUGUAACACACAUGACCUGGAGGACACAUGAGCCGCCACAUCUGUGGAAAUAAUGUGAAUAUAUAUUUUUUAAUGGUCAUUGGCCUAUGCUCAUGGACUUUGUUCUGAACAUUCUUACCAGUGGACUGUUUUGCAAACCCUGGGGUCCUUUCAGGCCCUGUACCAUUGGUCAUGUUCAUGUCCAAUGUUUAUUUUACCUGCUGUAUUACAUUACAGCCCCGUCUUUUUUUUUUUUUAAUGUGAACUGUUUUAAAAUAAAUGCAUUUAACAAAA